CGCCAUUUGGACACUCUCGCGGCCUCAUCUCCUGCUUGUCCUUGGUUGAACCUGCGCGUAGGUUCCCCCACGCGGCCGGGUCUCGGGGCGCGCGCAGCCCAUGCCACUGGCUCCCGCUUCGUCGCCGCAGGGCUACGACUCCGCGUCCUGAGUCCCGCGAGAGCUCCGGAGGUUCGCAUCCAGUGGAUCUCGGCAAGUCCGUUUCCUCGAGCGGGGCGGGUCGAAGGUGCUGCUGUUCCCUCGGGUCGAGGAAUUGGAAGAAACUGAAUUUGGGCGUCGCGAACUCAUGGGUUAAGAACAAUUUCUUCCAGCCCGGCUACAAAUUCGUAGUUGGAUUCAGCAUAUGCAUUUCUGAUGCCGACAUAGGAUGUGCUCCAUCAUCCGUGAAGUCCCUCUAGCUGCACAAAUCACCACUGCACUAUCUGUAUCUCUCUUUGAAUCGGGUUAAUGGGUAGCGCCUGCCAAGCCGGCUCGGAUGGGCCUCACAAGGAUGUGAGAGGGAUUGCGAAUGGUGUCACUGAGAAUGGCCACCAUCGGGUCGAGGCUGAUGCGGAUGAAUGGAGGGAAAAAGAAGAAGACUUGCCCAAUGGGCACAGUGCGCCACCAGGCGCACACCCGUUGGAUGAGCAGAAGGAGCAACAGACCAUUCGAUGGGAGAGGUUCCUCCCUGUGAAGACACUGAGAGUCUUGCUGGUGGAGAACGAUGACUCUACUCGUCAGGUGGUCAGUGCCCUGCUCCGUAAGUGCUGCUAUGAAGUUAUCCCUGCUGAAAAUGGCUUACAUGCAUGGCAAUAUCUUGAAGAUCUGCAGAACAACAUUGACCUUGUAUUGACUGAGGUUUUCAUACCUUGUCUAUCUGGCAUCGGUCUGCUUAGCAAAAUCACAAGUCACAAAGUUUGCAAGGACAUUCCUGUGAUUAUGAUGUCUUCGAAUGACUCUAUGAGUAUGGUGUUUAAUUGUUUGUCAAAGGGAGCAGUUGACUUCUUAGUAAAGCCACUACGGAAGAAUGAGCUUAAGAACCUUUGGCAGCAUGUUUGGAGGCGGUGUCACAGUUCCAGUGGCAGUGGAAGUGAAAGUGGCAUCCAGACACAAAAGUGUGCCAAACCAAAUACUGGUGAUGAGUAUGAGAACAACAGUACCAGCAAUCAUGAUGAUGAUGAUGAAAACGAUGAUGACGAAGAUGAUGACUUGAGUAUCGGACUCAAUGCUAGGGAUGGAAGUGAUAAUGGCAGUGGUACUCAAAGUUCAUGGACAAAGCGUGCCGUGGAGAUUGACAGUCCACAGCCCAUGUCUCCUGAUCAGCUAGUUGAUCCACCUGAUAGUACAUGUGCACAAGUAAUUCAUCCCAAAUCUGAGAUAUGCAGUAACAAGUGGUUACCAGGUGCAAACAAAAGGAAUAGCAAGAAACAGAAGGAGAAUAAAGAUGAAUCUAUGGGGAAAUACUUAGAAAUAGGUGCUCCUAGGAAUUCGAGUGUAGAAUAUCAAUCAUCUCUCAAUGAUACCUCUGUUAAUCCAACAGAAAAACGACAUGAGAUGCACAUUCCCCAAUGCAAAUCUAAAAAGAAAGUGAUGACAGAAGAUGAUUGCACAAACAUGCUGAGUGAACCAAAUACUGAAACGGCUGAUUUGAUUAGCUCAAUAGCCAGAAAUAAAGAAGGCCAACAAGCAAUACAAGUUGCUGAUGCACGUGGUUGCUCUUCCAGAAUACCCGAUGGAAAUGAUAAGAAUCAUGAUUCCCAUAUCCAAGUGACACCACAUGAGUUGGGUUUGAAGAGACUGAAAACAAAUGGAGCUACCAUGGAAAUCCAUGAUGAGCAAAAUAUAUUGAGAAGAUCGGAUCUGUCAGCCUUCACCAGGUACCAUACAUCUGUGGCUUCCAAUCAAGGUGGAGCAAGAUUUGGGGAAAGCUCAUCGCCGCAAGAUAACAGUUCUGAGGCUGUUAAAACAGACUCUACCUGCAAGAUGAAAUCAAAUUCAGAUGCUCCUCCAAUAAAGCAGGGCUCCAAUGGCAGUAGCAACAACAAUGACAUGGGCUCCAGUACAAAGAAUGUUGUCGCAAAGCCUUCGGGUAACAGGGAGAGAGUAACGUCACCAUCAGCUGUCAAAUCUACUCAACAUACCUCAGCAUUCCAUCCUGUGCCACAUCAAACAUCACCAGCUAAUGUAGUUGGGAAAGACAAAACUGAUGAAGGAAUUGCCAAUGCAGUGAAAGUGAGCCAGACAGAGGUACCACAAAGCUGCGUGCAACAUCAUCAUCACGUCCACUACUACCUCCAUGUUAUGACACAGAAACAGCCAUCAAUUGACCGUGGAUCAUCGGAUGCUCAGUGUGGUUCAUCCAAUGUGUUUGAUCCUCCUGUUGAAGGACAUGCUGCAAACUACAGUGUGAAUGGAGGUGUCUCUGUUGGUCAUAAUGGAUGCAAUGGGCAGAAUGGAAGUAGCCCUGCUCCCAAUAUUGCAAGACCAAACAUGGAGUGUGUUGAUGGCACCAGGAGCAAAAAUGUGGCUGGAGGUGGUAGUGGAAGCGGAAGUGGUAAUGACAUGUAUCAGAAUCGGUUCCCUCAACGAGAAGCUGCAUUGAACAAAUUCAGAUUGAAGCGGAAAGAUCGGAACUUCGGUAAAAAGGUUCGAUACCAAAGCAGGAAGAGGCUGGCUGAGCAGCGGCCACGGGUCCGUGGGCAGUUUGUGCGACAAUCUGGACAAGAAGAUCAAGCAGGCCAAGAUUCAGAGAGAUGACACGAGCCUACUAAUACAACAAGGUGUCUUCUUCCUCGGCAGAUCUGAGAAUUAUAGGCAGGUCUUCGCAUUGCUGAUAGCAGUCCAUUGAUUCCCAACGCUAGAGUACUCAUCAAUAAAUAAGAACCCAGUUAUCAUUUCUAUGGCUGACUCCAGAUGAACAUCAGAGUGCUAUGGAAUUAAUCUGUGUAAUAUUUAUGGGUUUUAAUGUGAUAUAGAUGCAGUGGCGGUUUGCAGCCUUCAGUUUCCGUUGGCCCUUGCAGAGACAUAUACAUAUACUUGUCAAAGAAUCUCUCUUUUUUCUUAUAA